AUGGACCCCUCGACGCCUUUGGCACCAGCCCCUGAAGGAGUUGUGCCAGACUUUCACAGCAUCACACCGCUGCAAAUCGAGCUCGCAGUCGUCUUCUGCGUCACCUUCGGCAUCGCGACCAUCUUGCUCCUCCUCAGGCUGUACACUGGUUUUCAUCUCACCAAACAGCUGGGGUGGGAUGCUCUGUUGAUUGUCUUAUCAUGGAUGGCCUCGCUGGCAUUUUUCGUCAUCAUGGUAGUCGCGUUCCCAGUUGGCUGGGGUAGGAACAACUACAACGUCACAAUGGGCCAGUUCCAAGAGUACCUGAAUCUGCUCCAAGGUCUGACUUUUACCUACAUCUGGCCGCCGACGCUGGCCAAGCUCUCGCUGCUCAUCAUGUACUACCGGAUCGACCCGGCCAUGGGGUUCCGCUACUGCGCAUACCUCGCCGCGCUGGUUGUGCUGGCACCGACGAUUGUCUACACGGUCCUGUUCGCUGGCCCGUGCAACCCGACCACGGGCGACUUGCAGUGCCUGAAUGGCAUCGUGGUGGCCCAGGCCACUACCAACAUCGUCUCUGAUGUCGUCCUCAUCGCCAUGCCGCUGCAGAUGACCAUCCAGCUGAACAUGCCCAGACGACAAAAGAUCACUCUGGGCUGCCUGAUGACAUUUGGGUCCUUCGUCGUCAUCUUCUCCAUCAUCCGAACCGCGUUCAUCCACACGUUCACGACCAACCCGGACGUCACCUACACGCAGGCGUACGUGGCCGUGUGGCCGUGCCUGGAGCUCAACUUUGGCAUCAUCUGCAACUGCCUGGCCAUGCUGCAGCCGUUCCUGCGAGCGCACAUGCCGCGGCUGGCUGACAAGAUCAUGGGCACGGGCGGCAGCGUCGACAGCCCUCACGGGGACGGCGGCGGCGGCGGUAGGCACCACCACCACAACAACAAGGAAAGGGGCAUGAUGGGCGACGAGAACCUCGUGACCAUCGGCAAGCUGAGCGCGCGCCGGCCGUGGCUGAGAGGGGACCGGGGCACGCACAGCUACGUGCUGCACAGCAUCGACAAGUCAAACAUGCGCAGCUCGCUCGAGGAAGCGGGCGGCGGGGACAACGGGGCGGCGGCGGCGGCGGACGGGAGCAGGGGCCCGAUCCGGGUGACGGACGAGGUGAGGGUGGAGAUCAGCAGGACCAAGGGGGACAAGGAGGACACGGCGAGCGAGAGGCGCAUGAUGGACGACUCGUCGUAG